GCAAGACAGACUAAGUAAAGAGAAAAUAACGGGAUGGGUGUAGUUUAGCAAAAAUUAAAUCAGCACAAAUUACAUGCCAAUACUCAACUCUUGAUUUUCUGGACUAAUGGAAAUGAGAAGAAGGAUGAGUGAAUCCAAACCAAGAGAGUAAUUUUGAAAAAUUAUACUUGAUUUUAGAAUUCAGCCAGAGGUACAUGAACCACAGAUGUUCACCACCCCUCCCAGGACCAAGUUCAUUUUCAGCAGCCCAAGCGAGACGACUGGAAAUGAACUGGCAGAGAGCACUAGAGGAAAGACAACAAUGAUGAAACAGCUGAAUGUCAAAGAUCGCAAAAAGGCUUACUAGAAAGCAGCACUCGACUAAAACCUCACGAAGCCCAGAACUACAGAAAGAAGGCAUUGUGGGUCUCCUGGUUCUCCAUUAUUGUCACACUGGCCCUGGCGGUGGCUGCCUUCACUGUCUCCGUUAUGAGGUACAGCGCCUCUGCUUUUGGGUUUGCAUUUGAUGCCAUCCUUGACGUCCUGUCGUCAGCAAUUGUCCUGUGGCGUUACAGCAACGCGGCCGCUGUACACUCUGCCCAUAGGGAAUACAUAGCCUGUGUCAUCUUGGGGGUGAUAUUCCUGCUGUCAUCCAUAUGCAUAGUGGUCAAAGCCAUCCAUGACCUCUCCACGAAGCUGCUCCCAGAAGUGGAUGAUUUCCUGUUCAGCGUCUCCAUUUUAAGUGGGAUUCUAUGCAGCAUCCUGGCCGUGCUGAAGUUCAUGCUGGGGAAGGUGCUGACCAGCAGAGCGCUCAUAACGGAUGGGUUUAACUCCCUGGUCGGGGGCGUGAUGGGCUUCUCCAUCCUUCUGAGCGCGGAGGUGUUCAAGCACAACUCGGCCGUCUGGUACCUGGACGGCAGCAUCGGUGCACUCAUCGGCCUCACCAUAUUUGCCUACGGGGUUAAGCUCCUCAUUGAUAUGGUGCCCAGGGUGAGGCAGACGCGCCACUACGAGAUGUUUGAGUGAAGGGACCAGAGCCGGCCGCCCAGCACCUGCAGGACGGCUGUCAGGACGACGAGAGGUCACCACCCAGGCAGACGGUGCCAACGUUUCACUGAACAUCCAAUCUCUUUUUUGGAAAGCGCGUGCCCACGGGAAUGAGUUCUACCCAGCAGGUGGGACGGCACCUGCUCCCCGCUCCCUCCACCGCCCCCGCCAAACACCCCAGGACAAGGUGCACGGAGGCGGGGAGAGGGUCCCCACCUCCAGAGGGAGCGGACCUUUUCUAUCUUCUGUGGUAAGAAGUGUCUGGUGGGUAAGAAAGAUAAGAGCUCUGCUUGGCAGAAAGCCCUUCUGUGGUGCUCCAAGCCUGAAAUGGGUAGCAACUGACCAGACCCACCUCCUUGGGACUCCACGUGGGCCCCGCGACCUCGUAUUCCAGAGUCUCCCGUCCCCUGGCAGAUUUUAAGAGAAGACCGUACCCUUCUGUCCAUCAGUAUAUAUCUCACUUCCUAAUUUCUAUCAGUGUAUUUCAUUAGUUUCAUACUGUUUUACUAAUCCUGGAUUGAAACAACAGAUUUGUUCAAAAGGAGACCAUUCUAUUUUUAAAGUCCUUAGUGAUAGAUGUAUGAGCUUUGCAUGGUCAAACUCAGCAGCACACGACCCUUUCUUGUACAGUCAGAACCUGAACAUAACAUGGAAAAACAGGAUCCACUUUGGGGCGAUGUGAAACUACAGUUUAUUUGUAAUAAAUGACUCUGUAACCUACCCCGCGCUGCAUAGAUCUAUAUGCUGUGUCACGUGGCCCUGGUGCAUUACAGUCUGUGAGAUGGCUUACCGCUCUGUAAGGAACAAGAUGUUCCCUCGGUUUAUGUCAUGUUAGUCGUAGAUUCUGUAAGAACGUCCCCCAACACACACUAUUCUGUACCUCUGUCUAGCACUGCUGCUGUGCAGGGGACGGUGUCUGACCAAUAAAGACCUUUCCCUGUUUUGUA